AUGUCUCAGAAGGAAGCGGAUUUAAAGGCUGAUAUAGAGGAAGAGGAGGAGGUGACAGAUGUAGUAUGUACGGAGUCACACCUCAAAGAUGGAGAAAUGAUGGAGGUGGAGGUUGGUCGCCACAACGUUUUGCUGGUACGCUGUGAUGGGGUUUACAGUGCCAUCAGCAACCAGUGCACACACUAUGGUGCUCCACUGAGCAAAGGUGUCCUGUCAGGUCACAGGGUUCGCUGUCCAUGGCAUGGUUCCUGCUUCAAUGUGAAGACUGGAGAUCUGGAGGAAUAUCCCGGAAUUGACUGUUUGCCCUGCCACAAGGUUAAAGUUGAAAACAGCAAGGUCUAUGUGUCUGUUAAGAAAAAGAUUCAGGGUCAACCUAAGAGAUUAAAGUGGAUGCAAGCAAGAGAUCAAGAGGUGUUUCACACCGUGUUGCUGUUAGGAGGAGGGGCAGCUUCUUUGAGCUGUGCUGAGACGCUUCGGCAAGAAAACUACAGGGGCCGAAUUAUUAUGGUGUCUCGAGAUGACCUCCUUCCAUAUGACAAAACCAGACUUAGCAAGGUGAUGAAUGCUGAGAGCGACAGUCUCUUAAUGAGAAGAAUGGAGUUUUUUCAUGAGUAUGAUAUUGAGGUCUGGCUGAGAAAAGAGGCUUUGUCAAUAGACACAAACAAGAAAACAGUGACAUUUGAUGACGGCUUAAUCCAAAGCUAUGACCAAAUCCUUAUUGCCACAGGUUGCAGAGCGAAAUGCUUAGACUGCCCUGGUGCAGACCAGGGGAAUGUGCUGAUGUUGGAGACACCAGAUGAUGCCAGACGCAUCCACUAUGCCUGUAUGGGCUCCAGGACGGUCAUCGUGGGCACUUCCUUCAUUGGCAUGGAAGUGGCUUCUUACGUGAUAGAUAUGGCCAGUAGUAUCACGAUCAUUGCAAGCAGUGAGCUGCCCUAUCAGAAGACCCUGGGCCCGGAGAUAGGAAAAGUCACCAUGAUGAUGCUGGCGGAGAGAGGGGUGGUGUUCCACAUGAAUGACGCCAUUGUGGAGGUUCAAGGCGAGGACAGGAGGGUUAAGGGUGUGAAACUGAAGAGUGGCAUCAUUAUUGAAGCUGAUGUGUUGAUAGUUGGAAUUGGUGUAAAUCCCAAUUCGGGGUUUCUAAAAGGGAGUCCCAUAAACAUGGACUCCAAGAACUAUGUCAUUGUGGAUAAGUACAUGAGGACCAAUAUAAAAGACGUCUACUGUGCAGGAGAUCUGACCUCAUUUCCUCUCAAAAUGGCUGAAGGACAGAGGGUGACCAUUGGCCAUUGGCAGAUAGCACAGGCACAUGGAAGGAACGCAGCCUUCAACAUGUUGCACAGGGAGGUGGAGCUACACACUGUGCCAUUCUAUUGGACCGUCCUGCUGGGGAGGACUAUUCGAUACGCUGGUUAUGGAGAGGGAUACACUGAGAUGGUGCUGAAAGGCCAAUUUGAGAACAUGAAGUUUUUGGCAUUUUACCUCAAGCAUGAUGAAGUCGUGGCUGCAGCAGGAUUGAAUGUUGAACCUGCUGUCUCAGUGGUGGCGGAGAGGUUGGCCGAGGGACGAGUGAUUACAAAAGCUGAGGCAAUGUCAGAUGACCUUAGUUGGUUGAAGCUCCAGCCUCUGUGA